UUUCAUAUAUUACCAACAUCACUACUCGAAAUAAAUUUCAUAACCUAGAAGAAAAAUAAUUCCGGUGUUCAUAAAAUAACAAAAUUAAAAUUUAAUAAUUCAAAGAUGUCAUUCCGACAAUCUCUAUUUCGAUCAUUGAGAAACUAUUGCCACAGACGAAAUUACAGUGACAAACCCGACGAAUUAAUUAUAUUUAAAAAUGAUAUGGCUAUUUGUUGGCACCCAGAGCCUAAAUUUCCUUACGAAUGUUCUAAGCCGCUUCCAAAAGUAAUAACACCACCAAAGUCAAUUUUGAAGACAUCUGAAGAAGAAGCUUUCAAGAUGUUCACUCGUCCAGAAAAACCACCAGAAGUUAUGGCAGAUGAACUAGCUAAAAUGACUUACACGACAAAACACAUUUGGUUUCCUCGUGCCAGAGACAAGAAGGCCAAGAAAACUGAACCAGACAGACCUUACUUGUAAAUUAAACUCCUGUAAGAUUUUCAUAUAGAUUAUAAAUAAUACUUUUAUUAAAAACCAUUUAAACUCUUUCA